GACGUCACAUAUCGGUACUCUCGCUCAGUCAUCGAGCCGUUGCUGCUGCUGCUGAGAGAAGUGAAGCUGAUAACGUGAACUUCAGUCUUUAUUUUGUGUUUUAAAACGUUAUGGGAUUAGUAUGUCCAACAUUUCAUAUCAGCAUGGUCUAUAGAACAAAAGAAGAUGUUUUGAAGCCUUCGGAAAUAUAUUGGACCUCCGCUGCAGACAGAGUGAGGACCCGAGCUCACUGAUGUGAGGUGUAGAGCUUCUCUGAGUGUGCUCAGUCCACUCUUGAGCAUCAGGAUGAGUGGAACAGUGGAGCAUACUGAUAUCUUGGCUGUCGGGAACAUGGUCCGGGAGCGAUGGAGAGUGUUGAAGAAGAUUGGUGGGGGUGGUUUUGGCGAGAUCUAUGAAGUCCUGGACCAGGUGAGCCAGGUCAAUGUGGCUCUGAAAGUGGAGUCUGCCCAGCAAACCAAACAGGUCCUGAAGAUGGAAGUAGCAGUUUUGAAAAGACUUCAGGGUAAAGACCAUGUUUGUCGUUUUGUUGGCUGUGGACGCAAUGACCGCUUCAACUACGUGGUUAUGGAGCUUCAGGGAAGGAACUUGGCAGACCUGCGACGCAACAUGAGCUAUGGCAUAUUCAGUGUCUCCACCGCACUCAGGCUGGGUCGACAAAUCUUGGAAGCCAUCGAGAGCAUCCACUCUGUGGGUUUUUUGCAUCGAGACAUCAAACCCUCCAACUUCGCAAUGGGCCGACUUGCCAUUACAUGCCGAACCUGUUAUAUGCUUGAUUUUGGGUUGGCACGCCAGUUUACAAACUCAUGUCAAGAAGUCCGUCCACCACGCCCAAUGGCAGGAUUCAGAGGGACCGUCCGUUAUGCUUCACUUAAUGCGCACAAAAAUAGGGAAAUGGGUCGACAUGAUGACCUCUGGUCGUUAUUUUAUAUGCUUGUGGAGUUCAUGGUGGGUCAGCUACCCUGGAGGAAAAUCAAAGACAAAGAACAGGUCGGAAAUAUGAAGGAGACCUACAACCAUCGCCUCAUGCUCAAGAACCUCCCAAAUGAGUUUAGCAUUUUCCUCGACCAUAUCUCCAAUCUGGACUACUACACUAAACCGGAUUAUCAGCUCCUGAUGUCAGUCUUUGACAACAGUAUGAAGAGCUACAAUGUGGUGGAAAAUGACCCGUAUGACUGGGAGAGAACAGAUUCAGAGGACACACUUAAUCUUGGAACCCUGACAACUACAGCCCAGCAGUUGACCCGCCUCACACCUGCAUAUUUGGGCAUGGCCAAUGCUUCCGUGAUCCCGGGCGAUCUGCAGCGUGAGAACACAGAGGACGUCCUUCAGGGUGAGCGCCUCAGUGAGGCUGAUAAUUGCGCCCCCAUCCCAAUGCAGCCUGCGCAGGGAGCGGAUGUCUGGGAGGAUGUGGAGCACAGCCGUGACCGAAACCUCAACCAUGUUCAGCCGCUAAUCAGAAAGGUGGCUAGUGAGGAGGAGCGAAGCAAAGAGGGCAACCAGAGCCCCAACAGUGGCUCCAUCCAGGGCUCUCCCAGACGUGUGCGUUCAGAGACCUUGCUCAUCGACCGCGUGGCUCCUCUGCUGAGAAGGAUGCGCCAUAGUCAGAGCAUGGGGCUGGACAAGAGACUGACCCCCGAACCCAAACCCACCAUUGAACGAUUCCUUGAGGCCUAUUUAGGCAAGCAGCGGCCAGGUCUGUCUCAAGACAGGUCUGUCUGUCGGAUCGAGCAGGGCUCUUUGGAGGACGAGGAGGGGGCAGCUAGUAGCGGUUACGUUGCUGUCAACCUCAGCCCCGUCCCUCAAGAGGGUGACUCACAGGAGUGGGUCCUAGUUGAGCUUGAAGGCGGUAGCGGUUCAGCUGGCUCUAAACCAGAUGAGGAGGAACGCUCAGGGAUCUCGCCACGCUCCUCCAGCCCCCUCGCCCUCCCUCGCACCUGGUCCGACCCCUUGCCUCAGCGUCCUAGCAGCCUGAGUGGCUCAGCAGAAUUCCACACAGGUGUCUGCCACACUGGACCUCCAUUCGCCAGACUUCCAGGUUUGCCUGGAGUAAUAGGCCUGUCUGGAUUGAGAAGACUUCCCACAAUACAGCCUGCGUCAAUGGUCCACCUCAGCAGGUCUCAUCUUGAGCAGUCAUCCAGUGCAGUGCUACAGCCCAUUCAGCCUCAGCAGAAGACAGGAGACAACUCUCAGCCCGACAAUCCAUCAGGCCCUGCGGAAAAAGAGCAUGACCACGGCUCAGCAAUUUCACCCUCUAAACGCCCUAACAAGCCAGAUGAAAACAUUAUCUCUGUCAAGGCUUCUGACAAGGAUGUGGAGAGCGACUCGGGCUGUCCUGACGGCGGGCCUCCUUCAACCCCUAACCAGGGUGAGACAACUGGACACAGUGUUGAUGCAGCUCCGGCAUCACCUCGUGAACUAUCACCUCGUGAACUAUUACCCCGAACCAGUCGUAUCCCGGUUCGUGACCCAGACUCUCCGACCCGCAGGGGUUUUCCAGCUCCGCUUUCCCCAUCUCUGUCGCUGUCAUGUGAGCACUUCCCCUCAGCGUUGCUGCGUGAUAAGUUCACCUUCCCCACCGGUUCUCGAGGAUCAGACUGGCAGGUGGAGGAGCCGCUCUCUCUGUCUUCCUCUUCAGGACCUCUGUCGAGCAAGAGUAAAAUACCAAGACCCAUAAGCCCCACACUAGUACCGGACCAGCUGUCUUCUCGAUUUAUUCCUCGGCCACCACCAGGCAAACCGCCCCUUCGCACAGGUGGCGAGAACAGACGCAGACGCUACCGCAUUCGAGCUAGCAGCACCGGUGACACAGACCUCUUGGACAACCUCUCUCAGCUCAUGCAGGAGCGAGGUGGGCUGGGCAUCAGCUCCUCUCGUUACCAGCGCACCACCGCCUCCUCUCUGCAGCGCUCGCUAAGCUCCUCCCCUUCCCGUUUUGAGGGGGGUCAGAGCCAGUCGCCAAGUAGCUGCUCAGCCUCCCCGCCUCCUCGAAUCAGUGACUUGCGAGUAAAUCACGGGACAGGGUUCUGCACCAGAGUCAGAGCAGGAAGUCCUGAGAGCAAAACCACAACCAAAACGAGCAAAUAAAGAGAAAAGCAUGUAAUGGAUGGCGUGAUUUGACAACCGGUUCCAAAAGUAGCUUUUAACGUCACAUGAUGAAGCCUGAUGAACUGUAGCCUUUUUACAAGUGGUGUUUUGAUAAGUAGAGUGAUAAAGGACCGGGUAUUUGCCGGUUGGAUGUGAUUACUUGAAAGCAUCAUGUUUUUGACAUUUUAGGAAAACAUGAAAUAUUAACAUGCUGAACUUUCCACUGACGCUGUGUAACUUUGUCCUAAAAACUUGCCCAUUGCAUUUCAUCGCAGUUAUUUUUAUUUAUUUAUUUUAUACUCUAUAUAGUUUGUGCCAUAUGUUUUUGCUCUUUUUCAUGGUUUUUUUUGCACAUUUUAGUUUACAUACCUUACAUAUGUCAGAUUUUAAACACUAUUUGUCACUAUCAGUGAGAAUGUUUGAAAUGUGAAAACAAUGGGGCUGCACUUAGUAACUCAUUGUAUUCUGUCAAACAGAUGCAUGUUUUGUUUUGUAGGCACUCUAACAUUACAUUUUCUAUCUUUUUUUUGUUUUUGUUUUUAAUCAUUGGUCGAAGCGUUUAAUCUGAAAUGCUCAUUUCAACCCAUAGCCAUCUAUACAAUGUGAUAUCAUUCAUGUAUAGGUACAUCUGGUCCAAGCAAGCAUGUGUAUAUAUGUAUUUCAGGGAAUGUAUGUAAUGUAAACUGUAUCAUCUAUAGAAUGUAUUUAUUUAUUUAUUGGAUGUGGUUACGUACAUGACAAUGUAGCUUUAUUACUUGCUACUGAGUGAAUUCGCCAUCACAUUAAGGGUCAGCAACCUUACAAUUGCCAAGUAUAAUCUCUUCCAUGCCUGCAAUAUCAUACUAAAAGUCCCUGUAAAUAGUUAUAACAUCUGUAAGAAACUUACCAAUAUAUUUAAUGAAACACUACAGACCUUUAAAGGAACUCUUAAUUCAAUCACUAUAGUCCCAUUACCAUAUUACUUGAAUACAUCUGCAAGAUGUCUGUUUGAUAAGUUGGCUGCUCAUGCCAAGAUGCUUCUGCGGAUUUUGGAAUUGAAUUCUCUGUCAUGGCAUUUAUUGAAAGUUGUCUGAGGAGUGCGAGACCCUUGCGGAUGUACAAAGAUAGGGAUUGUAGCUACCGAGUCAUUAUCACGACUUCAUUGUGUGCUGUGCAGCUAGAAUUGUAGUUGUGUUCUGGAUCGUCUGUUUUGUCCUCUGGAAGUACUUUUACUUUAAAAAGCAUCAGUAUAGGCCCACAACUGCGGAACGGCGGAUGUUCUAUUAUCUUAAGAAUUGUACAUAAUCUGAACUGUAUAUAGAUAUAAAUAUAUUAAGAAAAAGAAAUUCCACCUCAUGCUUCAUGUACUGUAUUUUGCUAACAAACAUAUUUCAAUCAUGCAAAAAAGUUACCAUGUUGGAAUGUAUAUGUAUUCAUAUUAAUGGAAUAAAUAAGUACUCUUAA